AUGUCUGGAAGCGAGCGUAGGGUCUUCGAAACCCUUGUGUAUGCCAUUCCUUUCCUUCUCGCUCAGAAUUUAGUACCCGCCAUCGUGGUCCUGAGAACGAAGAAGAACUCGGUUCUCAGGUACUUGUGGAUUGUUUGGUCCGUCUUUGUUUUUUCUCGAUGGCUUCAGAUCCCGAUAUCGCACGGCGAGAGUGCCACAUACACCACCAAGGUGGGAGUCCAGCUUUUUAUGGUGAUCAUCCAGGGCUUCAACCUGGUCUUGAUCAACCCGCUGGACAAGAACGAGCUUCUUCAGACAAAGACUAUUGACCCAAGAGAUCAUUUCCUGUGCGAGACGUACAAAGUUGCCCGUMUGUUUAUAUAUUUGCGGGGCGUGCGGACACCAUGGCAGGCGAAAAAGAUCCCAUCGCAACCGGUGUACCUCGCACGACAGCUAAAAGCCCCAAUCUCUCGCAGUGCAUUCUUGAUGAGACAGGCUGCUAUCCUGGCGUGGCUGUACUUAUUCCUAAAUUGCAUAAGCUAUCUAGCCGCUGGAGACUCAGCACCACUGUCAAAGCCUGUCUACGGCCUAGGCUACCUCCACGUUUCCAAGGAGGAAUGGCGAACUCGAAUCAUGACCUCGCUGAUGUUCUGGUUUGCCUUCUUGCGGGCUGCGGUAGAUAUUGACUAUCGCACAGCGUCUAUUUUGUGUGUUGGCACAGGACUGGACUCUCCGGAGGACUGGCCACCACUGUUUGGUCGUGCAAAAGAGGCCUACACUCUCCGCAAUUUCUGGGGUACAUAUUGGCAUCAGAUGUUCCGAUGGCCGCUCACCGCGACAAGCAACUACCUGGUCCGAGAUCUCCUGGUUCUUCCUAGGCCGUCGUUGCUCGAACGAUAUACCAACAUCUUCUUCGUCUUUCUCCUUUCAGGCGUGAUGCAUGUCAUGUCGGACCUAUUCAUGGGCAUCCCUUUGAGCCAGUCGACUUCUCUUUUCUUUUUCUGCUCCAUGCCGUUAGCAAUUAUGAUCGAAGAUGCGGUUCAGGCAGCUUGGUCUCGACUCUCUGACAGUUAUAGUCCUGGAAGAGCUUCCACCAGCAGUGAUGGAUGCGCUGUGCCUUGCUGGCAUAAACUUGUGGGGUUCAUCUGGGUGUGUAGUUGGCUUAGUCUCAUGACCCCAAUCUGGUUGUAUCCUAUGCAGACGUCGAGAGGAAAAGGCUUGUUCCUCGUCAAUAUUCCAGAGCUUGUUGGUACACCGACAGCUAUUGCGAUGACUGUUGGUGGAGGUCUUGUGGUAAAAUAUAUUUUUCGCGGAGAGCUUUAG